CCCCUCGUGGUGGCCCUAGUAAUAUUCCUGAUGGAUAGCUAAACGUCAGCAACCCAGACUCCUAGGGCUAUCACCCUGCAAAUCUGCAAUCAAUUGAUCUGGAAACAAUAAGAAAAACUUUCAAGUCAAGUGGACACCUUUGUCUCAGCACAUCAAGAGACUGCAGAGUUUCUGCAUGCGUUGCUUACAAAUCAUCUUGGGCAUAUCAGUAAGAGAGAAGCAGAGGAAUACUGACGUUCGAGCUAAGGCAAGUAUUGAGACAGUGGAAACAAUAAUCAGAAAGAUAAGGCUAAGGUGGCCAGACUAUGUAGCCAGGAUGGAACCUCAUCGCAUUCCAAGGCAACUGCUAGUUUGCAAGUUUGAAGGACGUAAACGUUCUGUAGGCAGUCAGAAGCUGAGAUGGGUCAAUGUUGUGAUGAGAGAGUUGAAGAAAUGUAAUCUCAACAAAGACUGGAUGAACAUUGCUCAACAUUGUGCUAAGUGGAGAUCCAUAACAGAUGCUGUAGUUACAGAGUUAAAUGAGAAAGCUGAGAAAAGGGAAAAGAUGGAAAAAGAUAAGAGGAGGAAAGAAACGAGGGAAAGAAAGUAUCAGAUCAGACUGACCUACAGUGUACUCAACCUGGUUGCACGUUUACAGCCAAAACAAGGCAGGUCUUGUCAAUCACCAACAGAAACAUGGAGCAGCAACUCAAGAGAUCCUCUUUUGUUGUCACUGCCACCAAAACUUUAAACAACAAGGUUAUAGAAAUCAUACGAAGUCCUGCAAUCAAAUCCGAACAGAGUCCAGAGAUUAUGUUGGGAGCAAUAAAGUCCUAGAAAGUAACCUAACAAAGUGACCUGCACCACUCAUACUCAAGUGAAAGCAGAACAUAGAUGAGUGGUGUGUGUGUCGUGUGUGUGUGUGUGUGUGUGUGUGUGUGUGUGUGUGUGUGUGUGUGUGUGUGUGUGUGUGUGUGUGUAAAGCAGAGAUUUGCAUAUCACACAAGAACAAAGAAAAAGAAGAAUCAAUGCAAUUGUUUGUCUUGCAAACUGAACUGCCUCCUAUUGAUCGGUUUGUACAUCUCGGUAUCUAUUCCUCACAAACAAACGUUCGACCAGAUCUUCAUGUAUAAACCAUAAUCUGAUGUGUGCAUCAGUCAAGUACAGUACUUAGCUGUAUUCCUUCGAUUAAAAAUCCAUGCUUGAAUAGUAGCCCGGGGUCUAAAGUGAUUGAAAAAAUAGUAACUCGUGCUCGAAUAAACCAUGGCAUGGUCAGUCUCAGAGCUAGAGCUCCAAGGCUGUCACAUGUUCUGGAAACUCUCAACAACGACGUCAUUAUGUAUUAGGAUAUCUGUUUGUCAUUUGUUGAAAUUGUAUUACUUUGGUAAAUAGAUCUGUAUCUUGUAUUUGACGGAUGCAUUAACUGGUGCUUGAUUGCCCUCUUGAAAUGGUUGAAAGAAUAAAAACCUGUGUGUGGUGUGUGUGUGUGUGUGUGUGUGUGUGUGUGUGUGUGUGUGUGUGUGUGUGUGUGCGUGGUGUCAGGUGCACUGGAAGUGAUAACAGUUAACAGAUAUCCCAAGACGUUGACAAGACCUUAUCAACACAACACAUUACAAGACACAUCCCUCUCCAUAAUGUCAAAACACCUUGUGUCCUCGGUCCACACUCAUACAACAAAACUAUCCGUUAACACCUUGCUCCACACAGAAUUACAUCAGGAAAAC